GAAUUCUUCACCGGUUUGCGUGCUGUUUCAAACAGCUGCACUUGAGUAUUGCAGCUACCCGAUGGCAGGUACGUAUAUUUAUGCACCGACCAAAGUAACCCGAUUACCCGCUGUAAAAUCCGACAUCAAAUUCAAACAGAAGAUGCCAGCCGAUAUGAUGGAGAAAAACACCUCCUCGCCAGUUGCUGCAACUCCGGCAAGCAUGAACACGACUCCCGACAAACCCAAGACGGCUUCGGAACACAGAAAGUCGUCUAAACCCAUCAUGGAAAAACGGAGAAGAGCGAGAAUCAACGAAAGCCUCGGUCAGUUGAAAACACUCAUCUUGGACGCGCUGAAAAAAGACAGCUCCAGACACUCAAAGCUGGAAAAAGCGGACAUUCUUGAAAUGACAGUGAAGCACCUCCGAAACCUCCAGAGAGUACAGAUGACUGCUGCCCUCAACACAGAUCCCUCCGUUCUUGGCAAGUACAGAGCGGGAUUCAGCGAGUGUAUGAAUGAAGUCACGCGGUUCCUGUCCACCUGCGAAGGGGUGAACACCGAAGUCAGGACUCGACUCCUUGGUCACUUGGCCAGCUGCAUGUCCCAGAUCAACGCCAUCAACUACUCCACACAGCACCAGCUUGCGGCCGGUCCACCUCAGCCGGCAUUUAACCAGCCCAUGGUCCAGAUACCCGGCGGGUCUCCGCAGCUGAAUGGUGUCUCUUGUAAGGGUGGUUCAGCUGUCGGUUUACCGUCAGAUUCUUCUAAAUUGUACGGCGGGUUCCAGAUUGUGCCUGCUUCGGACGGACAAUUCGCGUUCUUAAUUCCUAACGCUGCCUUCGCAACGAGUGGACCAGUUAUUCCCGUGUACGCCAAUAACGUCAGCACGCCGAUUCCAGCAGCGGUCUCCCCUGGCGCGCCGUCGCUGACCGCUGACUCCGUGUGGAGGCCGUGGUAGAGUGUGGCUCCGCUCUAGAGACUCUGAAAAGAACACUUAUUUUUUUAUUCUCCUAGAACUCAGUGAGAUCUUUUAAAAUUCUAUUUUUUGUAUUGAAUUGAAUGAAAGUGAAGAUGAUGCACUAUAUUUGUAUAUAUAAGGAGAAAGUUCAUAUUGAAAUGCGAUAUGUAUUGCAAGUCUGUGUUUAAAUAGCAUUUUUAUAUUUGAGGUGUCUUUUUUCUCAUGUGAUGCCAAAGAUAUGUUGAAUGCUCUUACAUAUUUCUUCCUUUUGGAAGGCAAAUAAAUUUUAAAAGAAAUAUA